AGUUGGCGCAUCCUCAACUUUCAUCCACCACAAGCGCCGCACUGGACUUCAUGACAAACGACGGCUUUUUCCAGCAGGUAUACGUUUGUCCUACUCCCUUUUACACGUGAUAUGGAUAUCAGUGGCGUUUCCCGGCGCUCGGUCGCUUGUUGAUCGGCGACACGCUCCGACUACAGGACCAUCGGGACAUCCAGCCUCCGGAGAAGCUCCUGUCCAUAUGACUGCAGGCUGGAGGAAAGAUCUCGGAUGCGCCAAUACGGGAUAGUUUGGAGAUCUUCGUGCACAUCUGGACUUGCUGAAGGUCAUAUGAGCAACAGGAAUGGCUUUGCAUUUUGCCAUCUAAGACUAUUUACAUGUAAUUGAUCUUUUGCUGCCUAAACGCUGACAUCGCUACUGGUUCCUUUAAGUUUUUCCCCCGACAGCUGCUGAGAAGAUCGUAUGCGCAGUGCGAAGAGAUGAUAAACCCCCCAGUCAGCGCCUCGGGUUCGGAUUAAAACCGCCGUGAGAUCAACAUCCCUGCGAUCUGCAUACAUGGGAUCAUUUCUGCAUCAUUUCAUCCGAUUUGAAUUGAUGGGAAAAGCGAUGUGAUGGAGAUCCGAGGACUUUACUGACAUCGGGGACGGUCAUUCUUUGGGGCUUUUUUCCGUGGACAUUGUCACAAGGAAAAUGAAAGGAUCGAUCCCUCUCCAGGUUCUCCUCUAUGCUACACUAAUUCGGAGUUUAAAGGUUGUAUCCAAGAGAGGUUCAGUGGAUGGCUGUACAGACUGGUCAGUGGACUACUUGAAAUACAAAGUUCUCCUUGGUGAGCCAGUGAGGAUUAAGUGCGCGCUGUUUUAUGGAUAUAUCCGAGCAAACUAUACCCACGCUCAGAGCGCUGGCCUCAGCCUGAUGUGGUAUAAAAGUGUGGGCCAUGGGGACUUUGAGGAGCCCAUCACCUUUGACGGGAUCAGAAUGAGCAAGGAGGAGGACUCGAUCUGGUUUAGACCUGCUGAAUUACAGGACGUCGGUCACUACUCCUGUGUGCUACGAAAUUCCACAUACUGCAUGAAAGUGUCCAUGGCGCUAACUGUGUCAGAAAAUGACACAAACCUGUGCUAUAACUCUAAAAUGAAGUAUUUGGAGAAGGCUGAACUGAGCAAGGGGAAGGACAUCCUCUGUCCUGACAUCGAUGACUACAUCCAGCCUGGAAAAGACCCACAGAUUGUUUGGUAUAAGGAAUGUAAACCCAAACAGUGGCGACAAAGCAUCGUCAAGAGGAAGGAUAUGCUUUCAAUAAAAGACGUGAGAGAAGAUGACAUUGGAAAUUACACCUGUGAAUUAACAUUCGGAAGCUUUCAAGUACGAAGGACCACCGAACUGUCGGUUACAGCUCCUUUGACCGACAAACCUCCAAAGAUCAUCGUUCCUGCUGAAAGCAAAAUGAGUGUCAUGGAGCUGCAGUUAGGGAGUCAGGUGAACCUGACAUGUCGAGCGUUCUUUGGCUACAGUGGCGACGUGAGCCCGCUCAUCUACUGGAUGAAGGGCGAGAAGUUCAUCGAGGACCUGGACGAGAGCCGUAUUCGGGAGAGCGAAAUCAAGACUUUGCGAGAGCACCUGGGAGAACAGGAAGUAUCCAUCUCUCUGACCAUAGAUGCCUUAGAAGAAGGUGACCUGGGGAACUACACGUGCUUUGUGGAGAACGGCAACGGCAGACGCCAAGCAAAUGUCCUGCUUACCAAGCGCGCAGAGCUCAUGUAUACAGUCGAGCUGGCUGGUGGACUGGGUGCCAUUCUCCUCUUGCUUGUCUUCCUGGUCACCUUGUAUAAGUGCUACCGAAUCGAGCUCAUGCUGUUUUAUAGGAACCAUUUCGGCAGCGAGGACGUGGACGGCGAAAACAAGGACUACGAUGCCUAUUUGUCCUACAGUAAAGUAGAGCCUGAACAGUGGAGCCAAGAGACCCAGGAGGAAGAACGUUUCGCCCUGGAGAUUCUUCCUGACGUCUUGGAGAAACAUUAUGGGUAUAAACUCUUCAUCCCAGACAGGGAUUUGAUUCCUACUGGAAGUUUCACCCUUGAUCAUUUCCAGGAUGACACGAGACUCCUUGGAGGUACAGCUUUCUCCACUUCUGUCAGCAGUUACAGUCUGCACUCUUGUUUUUUUCUUUUUAUUCCCACCUCUUUCAGACAUGAAGCUCGCACGAGCUCGCACGAGCUCUCGCACGAGCUCUCGCACGAGCAGGCGCUGGAUGCCGGCGAGCUCCAGAGCGUCUCCGCCCUGUCGAUGGCCACCGCUGCCUCCACCGUCGUGGCCACCGCGCGGCCCGAGUUGCGCUCGGCUUUCCGCAACAGCAGCUGCCACGCUCCGAUCGGACAGAAACACUACUACCGCAGCUACGGGUACGACGUCCCGCCACUGCCCACACUGGGCCCGCAUCAUACCUACUACAACAUCCCUAUGAAUCUGCUGAAUGGACAGCGCACACUGGGCAAAGCACAGCGCCCCGAGCAGCAGCAGCAGCAGCAGCAGCAGCAACUCGAAGAGCAGCACGCCAAUAACGCCAUGCUGCCGCUGCUCUCACGCGAGGCAAGCAUCUCCAGCGUCAUCUGGUGACGUCCUCUGGAAAAGGACCACGUUUUCUUGUCGUUUUUUUUUUUUUUUAAAGCAACAGUCUUUCAACAAACUAUUGGCUACACCUUUCUUAGUAACGUAAGCGAUAAAAAGGACAAAAAAUACCCCACCCACACAGACACUCCAUACAGACUGCUGCUGUUGAUGAACUCAAGUCCAGGAUCACUGAUCCUGAAAAAUGUUCAGAGUGAGUGCAAAGGUCUAGAAAAACACAGAGUAGGAACUGCUGCGUUUCAGACCUCCACACGCACACACACACACAGACACACAGAUUUGAACACACUCACUCUGACACUUAAGGAAUACAGGGUCUUGUACAUAUACUCGAGAUUUCUUUGUAGCAUUGGAAUUUUGUUCAGUUCUGACAUUUUUGAUUGUUUUGCUUUUUUUGAUCAUCUCAAUUUUUUUAACAAAUGUGUAAGGUAUUAACAUUUUUUUUUUUAAGUGUUUUAAAUUUGUGGCGUUGUGAGGUUUUCUUUAAAAAAAACAACAAAA